AUGGCAGCUUUACCACAACAUUGGAAAAAUUUAACUGUUUCAUUAGCUGAUGCUAUAUUAACUAAACCACAAAAUAGUGGUCUCCAUGGUGGAACUGUAUCUAUGAAUAGACCUAAAGUUAAUGCAAUGUCUAUUGGAUUACUUAAUGAACUUGAACAAGCUUUUGAUCAUGCUUCAAAAACUAAUCAUAUCAAAGGUGUUCACUUGCGUUCUAAUAUUAGUUCGGUAUUUUCUGCUGGUCUUGAUCUUAUUGAUAUGUAUGAACGAUGUGCUCAGCGUCAUCGACCAAUAAUCGAUAAGUUUGUCUUUGCUACACUUAACCGUGGUAUCACAGCACCUCUUCAUUGUUUAAAACCAGUUGCAUGUUCACUUGAUGGUCAUGCAAUUGCUGCUGGUCUUUUACUUGUACUUGCAUGUGAUUAUAUUGCUAUGGGUACACGAAAACCAUUUCGUAUUGGUCUUACAGAAUUAGCUGUUGGUGUACCACUUUCUGCAAAAUCACUUGAAAUUGUACGACAUCAACUUGAUCCACAACUUGCUCAUCGAUUAAUCUUUGAUGCAAAUCUUGUAUCAUCAAAUGAUUUUCCGAUUCGUUGUGAACGAAGCGAAACACCAGACGAUUUAGCACAAAAAUGGUUAAAAAUGAUAUGUAAACGACCAUUAGAAGGUUUUCAAAUAACAAAAAGAAAAUGGUGGUCAAAUAUAAUUAAAUUAGAUUCUAUGGAUAAUGAACAAGAAAAAAAAGAAUAUUUUAAUACUGUCACUGGUGAAGAUUGUUUACAAGCUAUGAAACAGACACUUAAAAGAUAA